GAAAGGCGGAAACCGAGCUAAAUGGCCCUCCGUUUAGCUCAAAGCUACCUCCUUUCCCAAACACGUUACCCCGCCGGCGCUCCUGCGCAUCUCCGCCGAUUUCUCCAAAGCCGGCCGAUUCCCCGCCCAGCAAUUCCAGCCCCCGACCGCCCCUCUCUUCCGUUGGGAGAUGAACUAAUCAAUAUGAUUCGGGGCGUUAACGCCAACCGAUUUCCUAACGAUCUUUUCCCGCCGGAGAUGAACGCUGCGGUAAUGGAAACUCGUGGGUGGAUAACGGCGGCGGAGGUGAAGAAGGUGAUGAGAGCAACGGAGAUGGAGGCGGUGAAGUCGCGGCUGAACUCUAUUCCACAGAGCCACAUUUCCCAAACGGAAUUCCUCUCCAUCUGCCGCCAUCUAUCGAGCACGGAGGAGAACGCGGCAGCCAUUGCGCGGUCGCUAGAUGAGUGCGGCGUCGUUAUUGCGUUUGGAAAUCUCGUCUUCCUCCGCCCCGUUGAACCGCUGGUUCAAGCCGGUUUGUGGCUAAAACGGUUUUUACAAAAUUCCAGACCGGCCAGCGGACUAGUUCACGUAGUGAAAGCAAUUGGUAAGGUGAUCCCAACGCCGUUCACCAAACAGCAGGAUCAAACAGCGAAGGAGCUGAAGGAGAUGGAGGCGAAGAAGGCGGAGAUAGACAAGAAGGCCGUCGCCGGCGUGCGGCGAGAGCUCUGGUGCGGGAUGGGCUUUCUGGCUGCCCAAACGCUAGGGUUAAUGAGACUGACAUUCUGGGAGCUUUCAUGGGACGUGAUGGAGCCGAUUUGCUUCUUUCUGACUUCUGCUUACUUCAUGGCUGGCUACGCUUUCUUCCUCAGAACGUCGAAAGAGCCCUCCUUUCAAGGCUUUUUUGAAUGCCGAUUUGCCGCAAAGCAGAAGCGGAUAAUGAGGAACUGUGGCUUUGAUUUGAGCAAGUUUAAUAAGCUUAGACUGAAGGGCUGCUUGUCUGAAAGCUGUAUUUAA